UACUUGGAGGAUACAUUUCAAAGUCGUCUUGUGAUGAAAAGAUCUGGAAAAAAAAAUUACUACUUCAUAAUGUUUCAUAAAUUUAACUAGAAAAUAAAAUAAAGCUUUUAUAAAAAAAAUUAAUAAGUUAUAUUUAAACUUCUUCUAUUGACUUCAAUAAUAUAUUUAGUUUAUCAUACUGUAGUGACACAUUGUUCUUCAGAUUUCAAAAAGUUCAAGUUUAUCCAGCUCUUUAAACAGAUAAUCCCUUAUUGAAGUUUUGGAAUGUUAGAUCAUCUAUAUAAAAAGAAUUCUAGACUAAGCGAUUUAUUGUGAUGACAAUGGACAAUUCAAAUAAAUUCAUGCGUUUUAUAAUUCCUUUUUAAAUUCUUUCUCAAUGAAGAGGAAUAGUAGAAAGGGAUUAUUAUACUGAAUUUAUAAUGUCUGAGAAAACAUUGUUGAAAGCUCAAAGUCAGAAAAAGACUUAUGAUUUAAAUAUAGGAAACAUAUCAGAAAAAUUGGAUUUAGUAGACUUUGUGCCGAAAAAAACAACCAGAAGAUGUUUUCUCGGACUAAGGCAUGUAGCAACAUUAGUAGGGUUCUUGACUUGCUUUCUGCAGAAUGCAAUGAGGAUGGUUUUAGGCGUUGGCAUCGUAGCCAUGGUGAAACACAGCCAGACUAAUGAAUCGUCGAAUGUAAAUGCAAGUGAAAUAUCUUGCCCAUUGCCAUCCAAUCCUCCUAAUGUCGUUGUUGGAUCAAACUUCCAAGGAGAAUUUGAUUGGAGUACAGAACUUCAAGGCUACAUUGUAGGGAUUGGAUUUUUAAGUUUCCUUAUGACAAAUAUACCAGCAGGAAGACUCGUCGAUGCGGUUGGAUCAAAGACAGUGUUGGUGCUUUCAAGCGCUAUAUCGGGAAUACUUAUCCUCAUUUCCCCUUUUGCAGCAAGAUGGCAUGUUUAUGCCCUGAUGGCAGUUCAGUUUCUGAGAGGUGCAGCACAGGGUUUCACAACACCGACGAUAUUCAAGCUGAUUAGCAACUGGAUCCCAAGAAAUGAAAGAGGAACCUUGUCCACCUUGGUUGUAUGCGGAUUUGCUUCUGGCAUUGCCAUUUCUGGUAUGGUGACAGGGUGGAUAUGUGAUGUUCCUGGUCUAGGCUGGCCAUCUGCCUUUUAUAUUUUUGGAAUAUUUACUGUUCUCCUAUCAGUUAUUUUCCACUUCAUAUAUUACGAAUAUCCUGAAGACCAUCCUUGGAUAACAGAAGAAGAAUUGAAUUAUAUUACUGAUGGACUUGAAACUAAAACAUCUGAAAAGAAACUUCCCACUCCAUGGAAAAAGAUGCUUAGCUCGAUCCCUAGCUACGCUUACUUUUAUGGAUUAUUCGGUCACUACUGGGCAACCGCUUAUUUCAUAUCUGUUCACCCAGCGUUCAUGGGAACGAUUUUACACUACCCCAUGACUCAGAAUGGAAUCCUUUCAAGCUUGCCAGUAUUACUGCAAAGCGUUGGUGGUGUCUUUGCUAGCUUGAUAUCCUACUGGAUAUCGAAGAAGAAUUUAAUAGGACUAAACAAGUUCAGAAAAAUCACAACGGUUUUUGGUGCUUUUGGAUUCUCACUUUGCAUGGCUGGGAUACUACUCGCUGAAUGUGACAGCGUCAUCAACAUCAUGUGUUUCGCCCUGUCCCUGUUUCUUACGGGGAUAGGACUUUCUGGAAUAAUGAUCGCGGGUGUGGACAUGGCUCCUGCAUUUGCAGGGUCCCUUAUGGGUAUUGCUUCUACUUUUGCUGGAACAUCAUGUGCUUUGAUUCCUAUCAUAACAGGACUGGUAACUUCGCAUGAAACGCUUUCUGAAUGGAGAAUAGUUUUCUGGAUAAAUCUAGGAGUUGUCGGUAGUAGCGGACUUAUUUACACACUGUUUGGUUCAGCUGAGGUGCAGUCUUGGAAUUAUUCCGAAGUCGAACAAGCAGCAGAUGGCUCAAAUGAAGAUAAACGUAAUUCAGAAAAUGGCAUCAAUCUAUUGAAGGAAAUAAAAAAACUGUAAAUACGUACAAAAUAAUGCUGUGAUACUUUACAGCAAAAUCAAGAAUCUCUCAGGGAAAUCAGAAUCUCUCAAGGAAAAGAAUGAGAACGCUCAAAGGCCGAAAUCCAAAUAUUGCUAUUAACACUGAUGACUAACUGUAAUUCCUUGAAUAUCUUAUAAACCAUUUUGUAAUGAAACA